AUCAAUACUCAUAGCUUAUUCCCAACAUGAUUCGACCCAGUGAAGUUCUUAUUCUACUGGUUGGCCUUGCGACCACUAUCAUCGCAAGAGAUCAAGACCUGUUCCUCAGCGGGAAUUGGCAAUGGAAAUUUUUCCAGGCAAUUUUUAACGAACGCCGAAACAUCGUUACGUCGCCUUUCACGCUUCACAUGGGCAUGACUCUGAUGGCCAGUACCGUCAACGAUCGCUACACACUCCGGCAAAUGCGGGACAAAUUACACCUGGAAGAGAAUAUGGCGAAGACGAUAGAGCUGUACCGUCGCCAGCUAUCGAUUCUGUCCCGGAACGAGGCACUCGCUUUCGGAACGAAAGCUUUCGCCAUUGGAACGGAUGAAUUCAGCCCAGCUUUCGAGUCGGGCGCAUACAACCUGAACGCUUCUAUCCAACGGGAUCCGUGGAUGGACACCGCACGACUUAUCAACGACGCGAACGAAUGGGCCAAGCUUACAACCUCCGGCAGAAUUGAUAGUAUUCUUCUGCCGAGGGACUUGAACCCGAACACGCGGUUCAUCCUGCUGAAUGCAAUCGCUUUCCGGGGCGAGUGGGAAAACCAGUUCGAUGUUGCAAACUCGAGACAGGAAAAGUUCCAUGCGACGGGUGACUCCAAGUUCUACAUGGCGAAAAUGAUGAGGCUUCAACAAACUCUUUUUCCAAUGGCGGUUUAUGAGCCUCUUAAGAGUUUGGCUCUAGAGUUGCCAUUUAGAGACGACGACUUUUCUAUGGUGCUGAUAUUGCCCCAAAUGGGGGUUAAUUUGACCCAACUAGUGGGUAAUCUGAAUCAGACUUCAUUCCGGGAAUUGUAUAGUAGUUUAACUCCAACUAAAAUUGCGGUCAAAAUACCUCGGAUUAGCAUUCGGAACACGGUUAACGUUAACGCUAUCUUCCGGAAGCUUCAACUCACAGCACCAUUUGAGUGGAGUGUUUUUCAGGUGUUCAAAAAUGAACGCUUGUCUUUAGACAAAGUAAAACACAGUGUUUCUUUGGAGGUGGACGAGAAGGGAGUUCGAGCGGCAGCAGUAUCAGCUGUAUCGAUGGUGAUCCGAAGUGAGGCUCCUAGCUUUUCUGCAGAUCGACCCUUUGUGUAUGCUGUGAUUAAAAAAUCUCAACAAUUUCCGUUGUUUAUAGGGAAUUAUGCCUUUCCGAUUGGCGAAACACCUCUACCGGUAUGACAAGUAUUGUUAAAGAUAUAAGAAUAAAUAAUAUU